AUGUCAUUUCUUGAAGAAUCGUCAGGUCUUUUGGGAACUCAUGUAAAUUGGGAAGAUAUUGAGGAUGAAGUUAGGCUAAGUUUGGCAACUGAAGCUAGAUUUGGUGAAAAUAAGAGAAUGCAGGUUGUUGGAGAGAUGAAGGUGGGUUAUUUUUUGAAAAACUCACAUUUUCCUUGAUUUUCGCCUCAUUUUUCACCUGAAAAUAUCGAUUUUAGCUAAAAGUUCUUAAGAACGUGGAAAAACAAAAAAAAAAGAAAAAAUUAUUUUUCGAAAUGAUGAGGCGGGCAAGUGCGCUCUAGCGAACAGUUUGAAAAUUUAUUUUUUUUUUCGACGGGGAACUUGGUUUUUCAUGAUUUUCACCGGGAAUUUGAGAGUUUUGAGGAAUUUUGAAAUAUGGAUUUUGCAUAGAAUUUCAAAGGCUACAAAAUGAUAUGCUGUGUGGUCAGAAAAUUUGCAGAAAAUUCCGGAAUUUUUCAGGGAAUCAUGUCUCGAAUCGUCUUGAUCCACCCGGAUUGGCACCCAAAAUGCUCAAAUCUUCCCGAGGAAUUUGCAGUGAAAAUCGCAUCUCCUCUGAAUUUCAUUGAGAUGUCGAAAUCGAUUGAACUUGGGGCGGAAAAUCGAAAAAUUGAUCGAAUUGUACGAGUUUUGCAUAAUCGGGAAGUUGAGGCAUAUCGAUUUUUGUCUGAAAAUUUGCCUGAAAAUUUUCCCAAUCUGAAAAUCUAUUGUGCCAAAAAAUUCAGUGCUGAAAAUGUGGAAAAGGGAUUUUUGGUGCUGGAAUUUGCUGAAAACAUUGCUCAUAUUUCAAUGUUCGAGUCAAUAGAAAUUGCUGAAAUUUUGCCAGUAGUCAAAGCAAUUUCCAAAUUUUCAGCAAUAGGCUAUGCUGAAAAUCGUCUGAAAUUCGCUGCGGGACCCGAUUUCAUCACGCACGUUUUGGCCGAAUUUGGUGACGUGGGAUUUCGGGAGAAAAUCUACGGAAAACUUCGGGGCAUGCGUGGAUUUUUUGGGGGAGAUUUGGUGAAAUUGGAAAAUUUGAUCGAGAUUUUCCGGAGUUCGAUGUUACCUGAAAAUGUGGCAAAAUUGACGAGGAUUUGUGAAAUUUUGGGUGAGUACUGUAGAUUUUGGCGCGAAAAAAAUGAAAAACCCCCCGAUUUUUUCUCAGGUCAUCCCCCGGUUCCAGUACACGGUGAUUUAUGGCCGGGAAAUCUCCUCUUCACCCAGGGAAACCCCCUGAAACUCCGUGCAAUUAUCGAUUGGCAAGCUGUUAAUUUUGGCUCCCCGGCUCAGGAUUUGGACCGAUUAUUCAUAUCGAUUUUGUCCGCCAAAAAUCGCCGCGAAAAUCUGGAUUUUCUACUCGGAAUUUAUUAUCAAGAAUUUGCUGAAAAUCUGGAGCCACCGUUCACUUUUGAGCAGCUCAAAAAAUCCUAUCAACUGCUCUUUCCAAUUCAGGCUUUUAUGGUUUUGCCGGGAUUUUUGAGCAUGUCUGAAAUUCCAGAAAAUUCUGAAAUUUUCGGAUUUGCAAGGGAGAAAUCGAUUGGAAUGAUGGAGGAUGUUUUAAAGGCGCAUGCGGAUAAUUUAUUGGAUUUUCCGGGGUUUUUUGAAUGA